AUGUCGGACUUCACCCCCAAGGAUGAAAAGGAUGAGUUAAACUCGCGCGGUAACGUCGAGGUCCAUCAUGACGAGGUCUUGGCCAACCCGGAUCUCAUGAACGAUGCCUUCGAUGGAGAGAACCUUGAGCAUGAGAUGGGCGUGUGGACGGCCGUCAAGGCCCACCCCUGGGCCUGUCUGUGGGCCUUCACCAUGUGUUUCACUAUCGUCAUGGAAUCAUUCGACAUGUUCCUGAACGGAAACUUUGUCGCGCAGUCCGCGUUUCAAAGGCGCUACGGUGUCAGUGUUGGCAAUAAUGAAUGGGCCAUCCCGACCAAAUGGCAGAGUGCCCUCUUCCAAUCCGGUCAAUGUGGUGCUUUUGUCGGUGUCUUUUUGUCCGGACCUGUCACCAACCGUCUUGGCUACCGCUGGACAACCAUUUUGGCCCUAAUUUUCAUGAAUGCGACGAUCUUCAUUUCCUUCUUUGCCGACUCACUUACCGUCCUUACGGUUGGACAAGCGUUGGAAGGUGUCCCUUGGGGAUUCUUUAUUGCGAAUGCCCCCGCAUAUGCCAGUGAGGUCGUUCCUCUCGCCCUCCGAGGUGCUUGCACGGCUACUCUGCAAAUGUCUUGGUCUAUCGGUUCAAUUAUUGUCGCCGCCGCCGUCCUUGGCUACAACAAGCGCAAUGAUGAGUGGGCUUGGAGAAUUCCUCUUGCGUUGCAGUGGAUCUUCCCUACCCCUCUCUUAAUCCUCAUCUUCUUCUCCCCCGAAUCCCCUUGGUGGCUCAUUCGUCGUGGACGCAAAAUGGAGGCCCUUCGCUCGAUCAAACGCCUUGGUAGCAAAACCGAGGAGCAAGCUCACAAGUCACUUGCUAUGAUGGAGCGAACCGUUGAGAUCGAAGCUCAAUUAGGCGGAGCCCCUAAUCUGCUCGAUCUGUUGAAGGGUACUGACUUGCGACGAACCAUCAUCACCUGCUUGAUGUACGCUUCGCAGAACUUUGCUGGUAAUCUGAUUGCGAACCAGGCAACCUUCUUCUUUGAGCAAGCCGGAAUCUCUCCAGACAAGGCUUUCCAGCUCAACCUCAUCAACUCAUGUCUCCAGUUCAUAGCCAACGCACUGUCUUGGAUCCUGAGCUCCUGGUUCGGUCGUCGAACCAUCUACCUCUGGGGCACAGCUACCAAUAUCACCCUGCUCUUCAUCCUCGGCAUCUGCGCUUCUAUCCCACAGAGUGUCACGACCAACUACGCUCAGGCCGUUUUGGGAAUCAUAAUCUCUUUCGUGUUUGCUGGUACCCUUGGACCGAUCUCGUACACCAUCAUUUCCGAGACGUCGUCAGUGCGUCUUCGUGCGCUGAGCACCGCUGUUGGACGUGCCGCCUACUACGUUGCCGAGAUCCCCAUGAUCUACCUCGCCUCCAAGAUGCUCAACACCACUGGAUGGAACCUUCGAGGAAAGUGUGGUUACGUCUGGGGAGGUACUGCGUGCGUUUGCUGGCUGAUGGCCUACUUCUUCCUGCCCGAACUUAAGCACCGCUCUUACCGUGAGAGUGACAUUUUGUUCAACCGCAAGGUUGCGGCCCGGAAGUUCAAGUCUACUAUUAUUGAUGUUCGCGAGAACGAGUAA